GGGCGAACCGAAUUGCAGGCUCAGUGCGCGAGCAAGCGUGAUACGGAAUGAACGUGUGGUGCGUUUUGCGCGGACUUUGAAACUACGAUAUCAUUUUUUUUUAAAUUGCGACCCAUGCAGCCAGAAUUAUAACAUUGGAGUAUAAAGUUGGACAAAUAAAGAGUUUACUUUUUUGUUUGUCUAAAGUUUACUUCGACAGUUCGUGCAAAGUUUUGACCGAUAUUGUGAAUUUCCGUAUAGACGCGAAAAAAGUGAAGAGGAUUCCGAAACAAAGGACUGUUUUGUACAUUUUCGCAUAAUUUGCGAAAUUGUGUUCAAAAAAAAUAAAAAAUAAACAAAAAGCUGGCUAUCAACAGUGGAGGGCAUUAUAAAAAAAGAUCGCCCUCGGCCAUCUAGUUCGGACUUAAAUCUGUGGUCACCGAACGAAAAAACAAAAACGCAUCGUUUUGAGAACAUAUAUUUUAUUGUAUUUACAAAUGUUUACUAAAAAUUCUUGUUGACAUAUCGUGAACUUUUCAUAUCUUAAAUUGCUGUGGAUUAAACCAUUUGAAUUCGUGCCCUGUGGAUAUAAACAACAUUUAAAAAUCCAAAACGAAGACUGUAAUCCUGGAUAGUAACUAGUGUCCAGUUACUUGUACAUAAUGUCUACUGCUAUAAUGCAUCAGUCUGCGCUGUACGACUUUGGUGAUCUGUUCUUGAAGGUGAGCUCCGAAUACCUGACGGACGAUGAAGUUGUUGCCACUAACCAAUCUCGCCCAGUGCAGACGAUGAAUAGUACAUUAAGCAGCGCACUCGGCCCAGUUGGCGGUACGAAUGUUACUGCUAGUGUGGGCUGGGAUCAACACCCAGUUCUGGCCAGAGCUGCAUCCGUGCCAGCACAGCGCGCACUUGCCGGCCUUCUGAACAGCCUUGGCCAUCGCCGCCUUGAACGUACCACCAGUGACCCCGCGCCCCCGCCACCAGCCACCAGUCGAUACAAGACCGAACUUUGCCGACCAUUCGAAGAAGCCGGUGUUUGCAAAUACGGUGACAAGUGUCAAUUCGCUCAUGGAGUUCGAGAGCUCCGUAAUCUACAGCGCCAUCCUAAGUAUAAGACAGAGUUAUGCCGCACCUUCCAUUCUGUCGGUUUCUGCCCUUACGGACCGAGGUGUCAUUUCGUACACAACGCCGAAGAAGCGAGACGCCGUGAGCCACCGUCACCAGGCGGUUCCUUGGCCUCAUUAUCGUCGGGCGGAUCUCUAGCUUCCUACAUGAGCGAUGGUUCCCGUUCACCGAGAUCGCCUCAUUCUCCAUUGACUCCUCAGUCCCCUCUAGCGCCGCACUCCCCGCCAGCCAUGACGCCUCCAGACUACGCGUUCGCAUUCCGCCGCCCUCAAUCUCCGGAGCCGGAGGAAGAUCGACUGCCCGUAUUCAAUCGCCUGUCGUCAGCGUUCGGCGAUCUCGUCAUCGCCUAAAUCAAAGUCGGAGUCGCCUAGUCCUAAGUUAACAAAUGGAGUGUAUCGUAUAAGGAUCGUCCGUCACCUUAGUGCCUACACGACGUCUUCCAACACCGCGGCUAGCGAGGUCCCGAUCGACGCGCCCCGCCUCACACGCUCAACUAAUGAUCUCCGGCUCACCGAUGUUCCGAUUCUUCGAUGCUCUUAAUACAUCGCCUUGUAAUAUUGUAAUGUUAGUUUUCAAUGGCGUCUCGAAAGUUUGCGGUGUGAUUAUAUUAGAUAUAACAAUCAUUUAGUUAUCGGCACGCAUUUGUAAAUGGCACCUUAUAUUUUUAGAUAUUUAUUUGUGUAGCUCGCGGAUGUCUUCCCGUGGCGAUCCUCCGCCGAGCGGUGGUUUUUGUAAAGUUAGCUUAUAGAAACAUUUUAUUUAUUUCGUACUGCCUACCCGCGCUCGGUACCUUACCGCGAGAAGGCGCUCGUGAUCUAUUUUUAAGGAUAUAAGAUAAUAAUUUAUUAUUUAUUUCGAGUCUCUUUAACUUUAAUUAUUAUUUUAUAGCAAGCAGUUUGGAUGCCACACCGCAUACGGACGUGACGUUGACGGGACGUUGACGGGACGUGGCUCGUUGUUCAUACAUCGGCUCGGCUGAUUCUUAUACCAACUCCUUCGUGACUAGCAAACGAUAUUAAGAAACAGCCGACGCAGAUAAGGACUCGGUAGAAAUACGGGCUUACCAAUGCGGAACAAACAAAACAAACGCGGAUUAAUUAUAGACGAGAAGUUAUUUCGGUUUUUUUACACAGCUACAGCCUCGCCGCUUUUAUUUAUUGUGUAGCAUCAUAUUAUCAAUGUGCAAGUUAUUCGAGUAUCAUUAUGAAGAUAGGACGAGCGGAGAGUCGCCUCCAGCGGCUCGUCUGCGAGAAUUUUUCCUUUUUGCGUCGACCGAGCGGGUUGCGUGUUCAAACCUGUUUGAGACUUUUGGUGAUUGUUUUUUUUUCGUACGUCGCUUGCUCGUAGCGAUCAUUCGACCGCUCAAACGGACGCAAAAAAUUACAGGUAUCAGAGUUGUAAGCCCGUCGCUCUCCUGAGUCCGUGAACCAUCUAUGUGAUCAGUAGGAGUUUGCUUCGUAGACUUUAAACAGCUAGCUAUACCCAUUCAACCUGUCGUAAUGAUGGUAAACAUAAAAACUUUCGGUUCGUUAGUUGACGUCGCAAACUCAUACUUCGCAAUACUGUAUAGAUAUAUGACAGACGUAUAUAAAGCAUGUUGACACUUGAUAGUUAGAAGUAGUGCAGCGCGGUUCCCCACAACCCCUCGCGCUUCCAAACCGCGCUCGCAUCUUCAAGGAACAGUGCCUUUUACAUUAUAACAAAAUAAAUCGAUUUUAUAAUUUAAUUUUUAGUUGAACGAGAUAGAAUGAUUUUUUAUUUAUUGUCUCCUUUUGAAUAUAAUAUUCAAAUUGGCACAGUUAUUACUUUUGUACUUUGACAGAGCUAAGUGAUUAAUUUCGACGUAGAAUAGUUUUUUCUUUGAAUUUAAAGUGUGAUAUUUUAUAAUAUUUAUAUAACAAAGUUUAAUGUUUUAAUUAAGGGACCAAUUACGUGAUGAGGAGAAAUUCUGACAUAACCAUCCAGAUCUGCUUUGGAUAUUAACCGGAACGCUCGUCUGUCGAGCUUAUAUAUAUUUUUACAAGACACACAUACGUUUUUGUACCAAUAGUAAUAAAACCACAUGUCAUUGACCAACAGUGUUUUAAUUUUGUUAAUUUUUCAGUCUUAAGAACCGAGAUGGUAGUUUUAUGUUCGGGAAUCAGUUUUUCUCCGUCUCAAAGCAAGUCGUUGUAUGGUGACCACAGUACGAUAAUAAUUUUGUACCUAACUCUAAGUAUAUUAGUUUUAAGCGUUUUUUUUUUUUCAUAAAGUUCGCGAUUAUUAUUUAUUAUCAGUUUCAUUACGAUUUACAAAACCAUUUAAGCUGAAUUUAUUUAAUUUCUUUUUGUAUUUAAAACGGACGUAUAAAUUGUGCGACAACUUGUAACUUAAUGUUAGUACUAUAUCAUGAGUCAUUUAUUACAACAGGCGUUAGUUAAGUUACUCUAGUACCUAUGUCAGUUGUAAUUAAGUAUUUAAUUUUUUUUUUUUAAUUAAUUUAAUUCCGAUUGUAAGUUAAUCUUCCAAAAUAUUACAUUCUCUUACGGACAACAAAAAAAAUAUGAAAGCUUGUUUAUGACAUUUUCUUAUAUGUUUUCUUAAUUUCUUUAUAUCCAUCUGCAUUUUUAUUGAAUUAUAGUCAAAAUAUGUUAAAAAUAA